AGCGACAGCCACAUAAUCACCUAUCGUGGCAAUGGAAAAAUACAGCGAUACCUCGGCAGCAUUUCAAUGCAUUUCCGUACCAGGCAGCAGAAUGCGACUCUACUGCAUGCUGAGUGGGAUUCUCAGUUCAUUACCAUUUCCAUCCACGAUGGACACGUGGUUUUAGAGCUGCAGGGAGAAAAACGAACCUCCUAUGUAUAUAUCCACAGCCUGGAUCUGGUGAAUGAUGGUCAGUGGCACAAAGCAGACUUCAGCAUGGACAGCCCAGUCCUCCAGUCAUCCAGAUGGAGAAUAGUUGUGGACGAGCGCUGGGAGAAACCCUCCGUCUCCUUCACAGCCUCAGGAGAUCUGGAUUUCCUCAGAGAAGAUGUGGACAUCAUCUUAGGGGGCUUGGGACCCGAUUCGGAGGGUAACUUCGCUGGCUGUCUCGGUUUGGUGCAGAUCGGAGGCCUUGCAUUGCCACAUUACAGUGAAGUGGAGAUGAACCAGCCCAGACCCCAGGAAGAGCGGUUUCUGAGGACUUCUGGUACUCCCUACUUCGGCUGCUGGGGAUCUAAUGUCUGUGAGCCUGACCCUUGCCAAAAUGAAGGGGUUUGUGAAGAUCUGUUCGACCUUUUCAAAUGCCAUUGCCCAUCUGAUUGGGAUGGCCAACGCUGUGAAUUCACUGUAGAUGAUUGUGCAUCAAACCCGUGUGUUCACGGAGCCUGCAGAGCGAUCUCAGCUGGAUACGAGUGCUGGUGUGAUGCAGGCUACACCGGCCGGCGCUGUGAAACGGAGGUGGAUGUAUGCGCCCACCACAAGUGCAGCAAUGGCGGAACAUGCCUAAGAGGAUUGAAACAUUACUCAUGUCUCUGUCCAAGAAGCACGACGGGUCCUUUCUGCAGGGAGAGAGUUCCAGAGCUUCCAUGGUAUAUCGACAGGUUUCCAUACCCUAAACUUCCUGUGUCUUUCUGCGGGAAUGAGAGAUGGAAUUACAGUUGCUUCAAUGGUGGGAAUUGCUCUUCUGUAGAGCAUAAUUGUGACUGUCUACCUGGAUUCACUGGACAGUGGUGCGAGCUGGAGCUGGAUGAAUGUGCAUCUGACCCCUGCCUUAAUGGAGGCUUCUGCUGCAACCUGAUCAACAGGUUCCAGUGUGUGUGUGAGAUGAGCUUUGCAGGUGAUCACUGUCAGAUCGACGUCAGCGACUUCUACGUCUAUGUGUUCCUGCUCCUGUGGCAGAACAUCUUCCAGCUGUUGUCAUACCUGAUUUUGCGUUUAGAUGAUGACCCAGAGGUUGAGUGGAACGCAGCCAAUGAUGACUAGGACUAAAAACAGUUUCUUCCCAGAUGUGGGCUGAUGGAUACAAUACGUGAAGGUCUUUAAAUAUCAUUAAAGGUCAUUAUGGGAAGUCGCAAUCCUUUUUUUCUUUUUUUUGGACAAAAUGUAGAUUAAGAAACAUUCAGUGAGAAUACCAAUAUGUGAUUGGUUGUCUGCUAAUGGAGCAGAGAAAAUGAAGCAUUUUAGAAUAAUACUGAUAUUUAAAGGGGUCAUCGGAUGCUACAUGCACUUUUACAAGUUGUUUGAACUGA